UUUUAAACAUUUUAAUUCUGCAAUUUGAAAGUUACAGCUAAAUGUGGCUAAAUUUGAAGAGUUAACUUGAGCAUGGACGUUUGUGCCACCUCAUCCACGUAGGAAUAAGUUAAUUUUUCUCUCAGGGUAACAGUGGCAUUUGAGCUUUAACUGGGAAUUUUGGAUCGACCAGAGGCCUACUCUGUUGUGACAUUAGGGCAAAUAAAAAAACAUUUAAAUGCCCCAUAGGGAACAGACACAUCCUGAUUAAAACUGUUUCCGGAAGAAGGGCACUUUGGCGCUCAGAAAGGCCAGGAGAGGUUGCCGCUUGUCCACCUGAUGCUCCUGGAAACGCGAUCCUCACUGCCGCGGGGAUGCGCGCUGAAUCCUGACAUUACGGUAGGAGAGUCCUCAGGUAAAGAUGCAGGUGAUUGACAGGUGAAAGAGGUGACGCAUCGGGAAGGACCACGAAAGCAAAGGGAGGGUAUAGACUGGAUUAUUUCAUGAGCCAACCGGCACAGGUAUGGAUGUGAGAGGUCGAAAGGAACAUUAAGGAUGCCUAUGGAGCUGUGCGGUCCCAACAUGAGUGAGAGUGGAGGCUCUCUGUGCCAGGUGAAGGAGCUUCCCCGCCACAGUGUCCCCUUUUGUCACCUGCAAGCCAGUGGACACCACAUGCACAUUUUCCCCCACCUCACCCACCAGCCGUGGCUCAACCCCCCUGCCCGGGCCAUCGCAUCCAACCCAGCCGUCGCUAUCCACCACAGGGUAACUGGACCCAUGGCGUCCAGCUGCAGCAACCCUGGGUGUGCGGUCUCCAGACUGGGAGAGGAGGCAGCACAGGCUCGGGGUGUCUCCACAGGGAAGGUGGUGGUGACAGGAGGAGGGGGAUACUUUGGGUUCAGGCUGGGGAGAGAACUGGCCAGUCAGGGGAUGUCAGUGAUCCUUCUAGACAUGAACAAGCCGUCCUGUGAUAUCCCUGAUGGAAGCAUCUUCUAUCAGAGCGACAUCCGGGACUAUUCUUCCCUCUAUAAGGUGUGUGAAGGGGUCGACUGUAUAUUCCACACAGCGUCUUACGGCAUGUCCGGACCAGAGCAGCUGAGGAAAGAGCAGGUGGAGUCAGUCAAUGUUGGAGGGACCAAUAAUGUCAUAAAUGUGUGUAAGGAGAGGAGCAUCCCAAGGCUGGUGUACACCAGCACCAUCAAUGUGGUGUUUACUGGGAAACCAAUUGAGGAGGGUGAAGAGGCUUCAGUGCCAUAUGUGCCCCCCGACGUACACAUCGACCACUACUCCAGAACUAAAGCGAUUGCAGAGCAGAUGGUCCUCUCUGCCAACGGAUGCUCCCUGAAAGGUGGAAGCCUGCUUCGGACCUGCGUUCUGCGGCCCUGUGGCAUCUACGGACCAGAGGAGAGGAGACACCUGCACAGAGUGAUGAUGAAUGUGGAACGUCGGUUGUUCAGCUUCAGGUUUGGGGACCCCCGGGCCAGGAUGAACUGGGUACAUGUAGAUAACCUGGUUCUGGCGCACACGCUGGCAGCUGAGGCUCUAACUCUGCAGAGGCGCUGUGUCGCUAGUGGACAGGCCUAUUUCAUUAAUGAUGGCGUUUCAGUCAAUCUGUUUGAAUGGUUGACACCGCUGUUUGAAAAGCUGGGCUACAGCAGACCGUUGAUAAACUUGCCUGUUUCACUCGUCUAUUCAGCAGCCGUCCUGGUGGAAUAUUUGCACGUAGUUCUGAGACCUGUGAUAGAAGUGCCUCUCCUCUUUACCAGAAGUGAGGUGAGGAACAUAGCUGUGAGCCACACCUUCAAGAUCGACAAGGCCCGUAGAGAGUUGGGUUACUGUCCGAAGCCCUACAGUCUCUCUGACUCUGUGGAGCAGUACCUGAAGUCCAGACGGCCUCGCUCCAGCUUGCCUCCUUUCAACCUCUCCUGGGUCUCCCAGCUGCCCCGACACCUCGUCCUGCUGCUGCUGGGUCUCAGCCUGGUGCUACUGAUGCUGUCCUGCGUACUCUGUCAGAAGUAAACAAUUUUCACUGCAAAGUACUGGACGGACAGCUGCACAAUAAACUGUCUCAAGCAUCAGAAUCAGAAUUAGAAAUACUUUAUUGAUCCCCGAGGGGAAACUCUUUAGAUAAAAGCAUAAUUUAUAAUCAGACACUUUGCCUGCCUGUUAGGAAAUGUUUUGCUUAGAUGUUGCUUAAUGUCUCACAGCUUAUGUUUUGUUCUCACAAAGUGAUGGUGUACUCUCACCGUAUGUGACUUAUUAAUGAAACUCACCAGAAGCAAAAUAUGCCCUAAAAAUAAGUCUUCAGAACGUCAGGUUAUGUAAUUCAAACAGUAACAGACGUGUGUGUCUGAUUGAAACUACCAUGCUGCUAAAAAGUAUUAAAGCUGAGUUUUGUGAAUGUUCUGGAUUUCUUCUCAGUUUCAAGUUACUAUGAUUUCAAAAAACUAUCCAACUUUGUAUUAAAAAUAUUUACAUUUUGAUUGAUUGUAAAGCAUGCUUCCAGUUUCUAUGAUAAAGAUUUGUUGUGAUUUACACAUAUUUUGAGGUUAAUUAGUAUUUGAUUAGCAAAUUUUGUACACUUUCAGAAAUAAAAACAUUAACAAUGAA